UUCUGCUUUUAAUAAUGGCAGCUCCAGAAACGGUGAGUAAAACGGGUGUUCGGAGAGAAGCCUCUCAGCAUUUCUCAGUGUUGCACAGCUGCCAACCACAGCCUGUCUGGGAGGGGAUGUUCUCACCCUGCUUCCAUCUUUCAGAAGGCAUUUUCCCACUUACUCUUUUGAUACAGAUAAACUAAUUUGCUACAUGCUGAUAGUAAACAGAGGUAUCAGCAAGAAUGAAAGCCAAAAAUGGCCCACCGUGAACUUCUUGUUUUUCUGAGAUAUUCUUCUAAGCUAUUCUUGUGAUAGAAAUGAGAUAAACAUUUUUGGCACAAAACUCUUGUUUAGAUUUUACUAUGACCAUGUGAAACACGGUUUGUUUUAAAUGGCUUGCUGGUUUCCUUUGGAAUUCCAAACGUUACCACAGGUUAGAAUGAAAGCGCAUGAUCUGGUUAUCUGUGUUUCUGUGCCUGCUGGAGCCUCUGUGGAUUUUAGCCCCGGGAGGAAGCCGGUUCCCAGAGCAGCCAUGCCUGAUAUCUGGAAGAGGGAACUGGAGUUUAACUGGAAGCAUUCUGCUAUUUCCCUGCUUCCUCCGCCCUCUCGGGGUUACAGGGAUCGACUUGGAAAGGCCUCUGGUCUCUUUUGCCUUGCGAUAGGUGGAAUUCUUUCCUAGGAAAGACAGCCCCAGGAUUGUUUUGAUGCAAGCCAUUGGUCCAAAGCCACUCCCCAUUUUGUUAUGUGGGCGAAGGACUGGGCACCGGCGGGCUUGGAUACUUUCAGUCUUAAUUAGGUCAUGCUCGUGUGAGCCAGGAAAGGGCUGAGUUUGUGGGAAGCUACUAAUACUGUGGCCAGCUAUCCCUUCCCUGGUGCCAUCUAUAUUUCUGGGACUCAGGUAUUAUGAGGUGGAGGUGGAGGUGGAGCCGGAUGUCAGAAGUCCUGAAAUAGUCACCAUGGGGGAAAACGAUCCGCCUGCCGCUGAAGCCCCGUUCUCAUUCCGAUCGCUUUUUGGCCUUGAUGAUUUGAAAAUAAGUCCUGUUGCGCCAGAUGCAGAUGCGGUUGCUGCACAGAUCCUGUCACUGCUGCCACUGAAGUUUUUUCCAAUCAUCGUCAUUGGGAUCAUCGCACUGAUAUUAGCGCUGGCCAUUGGUCUGGGCAUCCACUUCGACUGCUCAGGGAAGUACAGGUGCCGCUCAUCCUUUAAGUGCAUCGAGCUGACAGCUCGAUGUGACGGAGUCUCAGACUGCAAAGGCGGGGAGGAUGAGUACCGCUGUGUCCGGGUGAGCGGCCGGAAUGCUGUGCUCCAGGUGUUCACAGCAGCCUCGUGGAAGACCAUGUGCUCCGAUGACUGGAAGGGUCACUAUGCAAAUGUUGCCUGUGCCCAGCUGGGUUUCCCAAGCUAUGUAAGUUCAGAUAACCUCAGAGUGAGCUCGCUGGAGGAGCAGUUCCGAGGGGAGUUUGUGUCCAUCAAUCACCUCUUGCCAGAUGACAAGGUGACGGCGUUACAGCACUCGGUGUAUGUGAGGGAGGGCUGCGCCUCUGGCCAUGUGGUUACCUUGCAGUGCACAGCCUGCGGUCGUAGAAGGGGCUACAGCGCACGCAUCGUGGGUGGAAACGUGUCCUCGCUCUCACAGUGGCCCUGGCAGGCCAGCCUUCAGUUCCAGGGCUACCACCUGUGCGGGGGCUCUGUCAUCACGCCCCUGUGGAUCGUCACCGCUGCACACUGUGUUUACGACCUGUACCUCCCCAAGUCGUGGACCAUCCAGGUGGGUCUAGUUGUCCUGCUGGACAGUCCUGCCCCAUCCCACUUGGUGGAGAAGAUUGUCUACCACAGCAAGUACAAGCCAAAGAGGCUGGGCCAUGACAUCGCCCUCAUGAAGCUGGCCGGGCCGCUCACGUUCAACGAGAUGAUUCAGCCUGUGUGCCUGCCCAACUCUGAAGAGAACUUCCCCGAUGGAAAAGUGUGCUGGACCUCAGGAUGGGGGGCCACAGAGGAUGGAGCAGGCGACGCCUCCCCCGUCCUGAACCACGCGGCCGUCCCUUUGAUUUCCAACAAGAUCUGCAACCACAGGGACGUGUAUGGCGGCAUCAUCUCCCCCUCCAUGCUCUGUGCGGGCUACCUGAAGGGCGGUGUGGACAGCUGCCAGGGGGACAGUGGGGGGCCCCUGGUGUGUCAAGAGAGGAGGCUGUGGAAGUUGGUGGGAGCAACCAGCUUUGGCAUUGGCUGCGCCGAGGUGAACAAGCCUGGGGUCUACACCCGCAUCACCUCCUUCCUGGACUGGAUCCACGAGCAGAUGGAGAGGGACCUAAAAACCUGAAGAGGGACCCAAGUAGCCACCUGAGUUCCUGUGGUGAUGAAGACAGCCUGGUCCUCCCCUGGACUCCCGUGUGGAACCUUGCACAUGAGCAAAUGCCUUCGGAGCUCUGCAUUCCAGCACCGGCAGCCAACCCGAAACAGGCACCCUUUGUCUGAUUCCAGCACAACCUUCCAGCUCCUUCCUUCUUGUUUUUCUGAGAUGGAGCCUCAAUCUGUCACCCAGGCUGGAGCGCAGUGGUGCAAUCUCUGCUCACUGCUGCCUCCGCCUCCGGGUUCAAGCGAUUCUCCUGCCUCAGCUUCCCAAGUAGAUGCAACCACAGGCGUGGGCCAACCUGCCCAGCUAGUUUUUGUAUUUUUAAUAGAGACAGGGUUUCACCAUGUUGGCCAGGCUGAUCUCGAACUCCUGACCUCAAAUGAUCUACCUGCCUCGUCUCCCACAGCGCUGGGAUUACAGGUGUGAGCCACUGCACCUAGCCUCACGCUCCUUUCUGAUCUUCACUAAGAACAAAAGCAAAACAGCUCGUACGUGUGGCCUUUCCCACCAUCCAUGUGGUUUUCUCUCUAGGGCUUUUACAGAAUUCCUGACGAGAUAAGCAGUUAGGUGACUUCACGUGCAAAGCCUCCAACAGCCACUCAGUAAAGACACACCAGCCAGAACCACGGUAGCACAGUCCCUGUAGAUGGAGCCGCCUGCAUGUUUUUAUCCCUAGGACCAGAACCAAACCCACCCUUUCUACUUCCAAGACUCAUUUUCACGCGCGGGGAACUUAAUCUAGGAAUGACUCAUUUAAGGCAUAUUUUCAUGAUUUUUUUGUAGCAUUUGGUGCUUGAUGUGUUAUUGUCCCUUGAUUCCAAAGAACGUCUGUUUUCUUCCCUCA